AGGCUCAAGCAGAAGGGACGACAUCCACACUGACUGACAGGAUGCCUCCUGCACCUGCCUGACGGUAGAAUUCUCCUCUCCUCUUCUCUUUACUCUUCCAGGGCCCAAGCACGCUGCACUCAUACCACACUCACGCAGCAAUCCUGGAGGACCUCCCCCUCCACCCGAAUACUUUUCACUCCUUAUUCCAACUCCCCUUUCCAUUUUCCCUCGUCUUUAUCCCUCCUCCCCCCUCCCUCUCCUGCCUCCCUUAACACUGCCCCAGGGCGCACGCGCCAGCCUCGGUUACCUAGCAAAGGAAGAGACGCUGCCUCGCGCUGUAAAUUCGUGCUGGCGCUGGAGAGGGAACCCUUGCCUCCCGGGAGGGCAGAAAAGACCGGAUUCUCGGACUGCUGCCGCCAUAGUCGCAGUUUUCACUAGGUACAAAUGGAGACCAGAUACCUUAAAAGAUGCUUAGGCAGAUGCCUGAGUCAAGCCCUUGCAGAGGUGGCAAAAUAUCGGCCGUUAGACCCAAUAGAGUACAUAGCAUUCUGGAUCUACAAAUAUAAGAAAAAUUUGGAUAUGGAAGAAGUGAGACAAGUGGAACAGGCUGAGUUGGAGGAGGCGCAAGAAUUAGCUAGAGUUGAGCGGGAAAUGUUGGAACGGCUGAAACAAGAGGAGUUAUUACUUCAGCAGCAAAAGCUAGAGUUGGAAAUGCAAGAAAAAGAGAGGCUGAGACUUGAAGCAGAAGAGAAGGCACGACGUGAAAUGGAAAAGAAGGAAAAGUUGAUAUUAGAAGAGUUAGGGAAGUUCUUUCUCUGGAUGUGGAUAGCGUUCUUUCUCAUAAGUUCCUCUGGACUGUCCUGGGUCAUUGCAUUGCUGCUAGUAGAAAAGUCUGUUACAUUCGAUUGUGCAAUAAUGUACAGGCUCUACGUACAAUGUUCUCCUGGUUCUUCUCCUUUUGCCGGAGGACUCUCCAGUUCACAUGGAAUUCCUCCAGUUCAUUAUUCUUUUCAUCAAAAUAAUAUUCCAUCACCAUCAUAUACCACAAUUUAUUCAGCUAUUUCCCAAUCGAUGGACAUCCCCUCAUUUUCCAAUUUUUUGCCACCACAAAAAGUGUGGCAAUAAAUAUUUUUGUAUAAGUCUUUGUCCUUAUUAUCUCUUUGGGGUACAAACCCAGCUGUGGUAUGACUGGGUCAAAGGGUAGGCAUUCUUUUAAAACCCUUUAGGCAUAAUUCCAAAUUGCCCUCCAGCAUGGUUGGACCAAUUUAAAGUCUAUUCUUAUAAUAUGCCUUUGUAUUAUCUUCAAAUUCUAUGCUUGACUCUUCUUUUCAAUUAAGAAUAAGCUAUCUGUAGUAAGGGUAGUAGUUAAUGAGGUACAAUUAACGACUUUAAAUGAUGAACAGAGAAACUCUUUCUAAAUUGAAAAUGAAAAAUUCCCCCAAUUGAGCACAAUAUUAAUGCAACUGAAAAUAGAUUUACACAUAACAGAGAAAGUGAAAAAACAAAUUUAAAAUAGCCUCAGGGAAAAAAAACGAAAAUGGAAAGUAUAUCAACUUCCUGCAGUUACGUAUUAAUCUUUUCCAGGGUGGACACCUGAGAAGGAGAAUUGGAAACUGAGAGAAAAUGGGUGAAGGGGAUAGAGAGAGAGAACACAACAAAGGAAUAAAGACUUAGAGACAAAGAGUUAAAACAGGUGGACUCCAGUGUGCUCCUCUGCUGAUGGGAAGAGGGAGUGAGCUGCAUGUGUUCCCAAUCUUUUAUUGGAGAAUUUGGGAAUGUGGAGUGGGAGGUAGCUAAUGAACAUGUGACAUGGCAUAUGAUUUAACAUAUGACAACCACAUAAUCAUAGAGUAGGAAGCUAAUGAAACAUUGACUUGGUAUGAAUGUGGUCUAACAAGGAGGUAGCUAGGACCCUGUGGCAGCUAGCGAAUGUCCUACCCAGGAAUUCUUUUAUCCUUUGGACUGAAGAUUUGGAAAUACAGUAAUCAAGAAGUAACAUGGCCAUGAGUCUGGUAUAUGAGCACAUGGGUUACAAUAUCAAUACAUCAAUAAUACUUUCAAGAUGAUAAUAUACCUGGGACGCUACAGAAAGAAACAUGAAAAUCUCUUAAGAUGAUAAACUGGGAGUAGGUCAAAAUACUAUAAUCUCAGUAUAACAGCCAUUCUGGAAAAUUUUUCAAACGCAAAGAAUUUUGAAUUCUAGGAAAUUUUUCAAGAAAAUUCCCCUAAAUUGUAAAAAAAACAAAAACAAAAACAGUUGGCAUUGAUUCAUAUAUCCCUAAUGAAGAAGUUUAACAUGUACAUUCAGUACAAAAGGAACUAGGGAUAAUUCCUUUAGGAUACAAAGAAAAAGAAAGACAGAUCAGAUAUGGAUCUGUAGUUAAAGGAUCUGGGACCCAAUCCUUGUUCUGAUAAUUCACUAUCUAUUUGAUCUUGGACAAGUCAUCAAGUCUCAGUUUUCUCAUCUGGAAAAUGACACUGUUGGCCCAAAGGGAGCCUAAGAUCCCUUCCAGCUUCAGAUGUGUGCUUCUAGCAUGCUAUGGCAUACAAAGAGGGGAUUACUUAGGAUAAUAGAAAGUUUUCUGGGCAAUGGCCAGAAAAAUAGGAAUUUAGUAAUAAAAUUGAUGGCAUUUAUAUUGUGCUUUAAAGCUUGUAAACAUGUUCCAACCAUUAGGUCACUUGAGUCUCUCCAGGUCAAAUGGUAGAGGUUGCUAGUAUUAUUAUCUCUAUUUUACAGAGAGUGAAACUUGGAGAAUUUCAAAGACUUUCUUAAGGUCACACAGCCUAAAAAGAUUUCAGAAGUAGGAUUUGGAUCCAGGUCUUCCUGAUUUCAGGGCCAGUAAUCUCUUGACUGUUGUAAAUAGAUUAGAUAUAUUUUGUUAUAUUAAAGGAAGAGCUCUCUCUCUACUAUCUCCUGAAUGAAGUUACAUAUAUUAUGUAUAUAUAAAAUAAUAACUGUUAUAAUAUAUAUGAUAUACAUAUAAUACAUAUAAUAGGUAUAAUAACCUGAAUUAAGUUUUAUAUACGCAUACAUGUAUAUAAACUAACCUUUGCCUUCUGCCUUGGUAAUAAUUCUAAGACAGAGGAAUGAAAAAAGCCUAGGCAAUUGAGGUUAAGUGACUUGCCUAGGGUCACACAGUAAGAAGAUGCCCAAGACCAGAUUUAAACCCAGGUCCUCUUGACUUCAAGCCUGGCAUUCUAUCUCCUAUGCCACUUAGUUAUGGCAAGGGCAAUAAGAUAAAGGACUGAGAAAGAUUGUUUGCAGAAGGUGGCAUUUCAUUUUAGCAGUUUUUGAAAGAACUAAGAAAACGGAUAAAUAAUUCAAAAAUGUAAUUAAAAAAAACUCUUUAAGUACUGAUACUAAAAUGAGAGAUUAUGAUAAGCACAACAAUUAAAAAAAUUCCUACAUGACUGUUAAUAGAGAAUUUUGGAUUGGGUAAGUAGGAGGAAGGAGGAUCAAGGAAGUCAAGAAUGUUUCCAAAUCUUAUAUUGUAAAUCUUGGUGACUGGAAGGUAGGUGGUAUGUUGCAUUCCCAACCAUCUGUUGGACAUCUUGAACUGGUUGUCCUAUUGACAUCAUAAAUUCAACAUGCCUAAAACUAAACUCAUUAUCUCCCCCAAACCCAACCUUUCUUUCUUUAAAUUGGAGUGUAUGGAAUAGAAAGAAUCAUAAUUAGACCUAUGCUUGAGGAAGAUUAAUUUUACAGCUAUGUGGAAGAUGGACUAGAGGGAAGAGACCAACAAACUACAGCUAUAAUCUAGGAGUGAAAUAAAGAGGUUCUGACCAGGGUUCUGGCAGUGUCACAGGAGGAGAGGAGGAGGCAAGAAAAUUGUUUGCAGUGUUGAAUCACGAAUGCUGUGCUGAAUGGAAGAAAUAAUGGAGCAGGCAUUGUUUAGGAAAUAAUGUGUGACUGGAGAUAGGGAAAAUGAGGAAUACUUACUGGAGAACUCAUAAACUACAAUAGCCUUAUGUAUACAAACUACAGUAAGAAAGGACCUAGAGGAAGGCUUCUGGAAUGUGUUGAGCUGAUUCUUUCCGAGCAGACACUUAUGUGAAUUGUACUGAAUGAAAAGGUAAGGAUGAUUGUGAUCUGUACCAUUGGAGAAAAUACUGGCAUUACAGAUCUAUUUAAGCAUUAACCUAUUGGCCUCUAUUAAAAUUGAUUAUAAAAUGGCAAUUAGAUCUAUACAUUUGAAUGAAAAAUUGUUUAAUUACUCUGAUGCUACUGUUGGAAUAACUUGUUGCAAUGUGAUCUGUCUCUCAGUAAAACCACUUGAAAAUGAUGGAAAGAAAAGAAACUUAUAUAAAUUAUGUUGUUGUUGAACUUUUUUCUUUUUUAACAUU